UAAACGCAAACGUUCCAAAGAUUCUGUGAUGUAGUGGCUCCAUCUCGACUAGAAUGAAAUUACUUUUUACAAAACUCGCAGUAAUAUUAUGUACCCUAGAAACACUGGCGCAGUUAAUUAGAUGUUUAGAACUGGUAGACCUUACAGAAAAACCCUCCAGAUGGAAAUGGGGCGCCAAGAAAUAUGAUAAGAUACCGGUGAAGUAUGAAGAAUAUAAACCAAUCCAUGUAACAGUAAAGCCCAUACGAAGGUACUGGUUACUGAGUGAUAACAAUCAGUAUUCGAAAAGCGCUCCGGUGCAGCAACGAGUGUACGAGGACGAAAAAGACUCGAACAUCAAACAGAAAAUAGCGAUGCUUGUGGAACAAACUAUGCAGGACGCUCACAGGAAAAUGAAACUGGUAGAAGAACUGAAAGCCGAACAUCGAGAAGAGGCUCCUUAUAAAGUUGGUUUUAUUCUCAGCAUGGUUAAAAAAUCUAAGGACGUUUUGGACGAGUUGUUCAACGUGGCGGUAAAGCACAAGGACGAAUGGAUGGCUCUAGAACAGCUGAAGAUCUUCGAACUGAUCGUACACACAAACGUCGACACCACGAAUCUCCUGAGGCAGCUAGUCGACGUACAUGUGAAGUACAUGAACGCAACGAGGGAUAAAAAUAAGGUCAUAUUAAUUUAAAUGAAACGUGUAUUGCUGUUUAACUAGCUAAAUAUUAAGCGAUAUUUAUCACCAUUUAUCACAAGAUCUCUGUAGGUAAAAAUAAAAAUUGGCCGACUAU